GGGGCGAGGGGGUGGGGGGUGGUGGAGAGGAGAAAGAAAGCGGGUUCUUUUUAAAGGUGGGAUUUUUACGAAACUCCGGUCUCUGGAUGGCAGGGGGAUGGUGGGGAGCAAGGAGGACUAGGAGGCGAGGAAGCCAGGAUGUGGGAUCUCAACGACGCCGCCUCGGAAGAAGAGGAUGGCAGAGAGGAGGCGAAGCAAGUGGCGCCGGGAACUGCCUCCGCCACCACCGCGGCAGACAACGAGAACGACGAUUCCAGCUCUUCCGCCAUCGUCAUCGAGGCCUCCGACGAGGGGGAGGCCGACGUUGGCGGCGAUGGGAAGCUUUUCGGGUUCUCCAUCUCCGGCCAGCGGGACAGAAGCCCCUCCGUCGUCGUCACCCACCAGUUCUUCCCCCUCGGUGGCCCACAGGAGACGGGUGGCCGGGCCGGCGGGGCCGCGAUGGCGCCGCCUCCCCGGGCUCACUGGGUUGGAGUCCGGUUCUGCCAGUCGCCGGAGCCGGCGGCGGUGGGGAAGGCCAUGGAGGCGCCGCAGCCCGUGAAGAAGAGUCGGCGAGGGCCCCGGUCGAGAAGUUCCCAGUACCGGGGGGUCACUUUCUACCGGAGGACCGGGCGGUGGGAAUCCCAUAUAUGGGACUGUGGAAAGCAAGUUUAUUUAGGUGGAUUCGACACCGCUCAUGCUGCUGCUAGGGCAUAUGAUCGAGCAGCGAUCAAGUUUCGUGGGGUGGAUGCAGAUAUAAACUUUAGUCUGGAUGAUUAUGAGGAGGAUCUGAAGCAGAUGAGCAAUCUCACCAAGGAGGAAUUUGUCCAUGUACUUAGACGCCAAAGUACUGGAUUUCCUAGAGGAAGCUCUAAAUUUAGGGGUGUGACCUUGCACAAAUGUGGGAGAUGGGAGGCUAGAAUGGGCCACUUCUUGGGAAAAAAAUAUGUGUACCUGGGCCUCUUCAACACUGAAGUGGAAGCUGCCAGGGCUUAUGAUAAGGCUGCAAUCAAGUGUCAUGGGAAGGAUGCAGUUACCAACUUUGAUCCUAGCAUCUACGAGAAUGAGCUUGAUCUCUCGGCUGGCCGCACUGAGCACAAUCUUGACCUUUGUUUGGGGAGCUCAGGCUUCAAAAGGAAUCUUGAACCAGUGGAUGAAGGCUUCAAUGGAACGGAUCCGCGAGUUCCAAUGGCCUUUGACCCAGAAUGGAAUCAUAGCAGUAGGCUGAAGAUUGGUGACAAAUUUAAGCUGCCUGAAGACAAAGGAAGCAGAAUCAAUUAUGCCUAUAGCAAUGCCUACAUCCAAUCUCCAAUUCCUUUCGAUGCCACUGAGAUUUUCAAGCACCCACAGCUUCAGAGGAAUGGUGACAUGUACCCUAUGUUCCUGCCACAGCAGUUUGAUUCUUAUGGUUUUCAUCAUCAUCCAGGCAGCAGUGAUGGUCCAAGGAUUGGAGGAGGAAGCCUUUCAUUAGCAAUUGGCACUGAGCAACAACAGAAGCAUUCAGGUUGGGGAGAGCACAGAAACAACUGGCUGUCAGCUACCACCCUGCCUCCCCAAAAGUUCGCCAUGGCCACUGAUGCAGCAUCAUCAGGAUUCCCACCACAGAUAACAAAACUGCCGCCCCAGUUGGCAGCAGAAGAAUGGUUUCCAGUCUCUCAUUAGAGCCAGCUGAAACACUGUCAAUAUACAGUGAUGGUAUCUGUUACUCCAUUGCUUAUGAGCAAAAACUCUAGCAUUUUUUUUGUUUCAGCUUUCAUAUAUUGGGAGAUGGCUUCCUGGAGGGUGGCUUUCUGUUUUUCUGGCCUUCAGUUAACAUCAUGACUCCUGAUUAAUUUGUUUGGUCUUAUGAUUUGCCUUCUCUCUCUUGGAAUUUAAUUACUGUUAGGUAAGGUCCAAAAGAAUUGGACAACGUAAAUGGCAGUGAAGAAAUAUUUGCACUGUUACCACUUUAAGGCUGGAGCUGAAGUAAUAACAAACUAUGUUGAGUCUAGAGCAACAAA